AUGCCUCCCAAGGCCCCUCCCCGUCGAGGGGCAGCGUCCUCCGCCGGCGCAGGCACUUCCCGACCACCAGCUACACAAACCCCAACCCCAGCACCAACAGGCACUCGCGCACCGGUGCAACGCCUCCAAACGCUCAAGAAACGCACCCCCUCCGGCAGCAUCGGGCCGUCUGCCGCGCGAGCCACACCCGCCGGCCCCAGCGGCGACGCGCCCAAGCCGACGCUCAAAUACAAGCCGCGCGCCGUGGGCCGACGCAGCAAGGAAGAGCGCGAGGCGAUCGAGAAGCUCGAGGCGGAGCGCCACCGCGAGCGACUCGCAGAGGCGGCAGCCAUCCAGCGCGGGCGGGGCGGCCACCGCGGACGCGGCGGGGGACGCGGGCGGGGUGAUGGAGCGCGCCGAGGCCGCGGCGGGUUCGCGGCGCGGUUUGCGGACUCGCGGGCGUCGUCGAUGUCGCGGCGCAGUCGGUCCGUGAUUGACCUCGGCAGUCGCGGGGUGAGUCGCGACGUGUCAUCGGACGAGAGCGACACUGAGGUGCGCAUCAGCAUCGACCAGAUCAACUUGGACAGCGACGAUGACGAGACCCCGGCCGACGGGAAGAAGGGCAAGAUGGCGGUGAAGAGCGAGGGCCGCGCCGGCGCCGGCGGUGGAGAGCGCGGCCUGCGGCCGGUGCGGGUCGAGCGGCAUGAGCAUGAGGAGCGGGUGGUCAGUGUCAAUAUGGAGUCGAGCUCAAGCAAGUCGGCGGAGCUGCGCGAGCAGGCCAAGGCCAAGGCGAAGGAGGCGGAUAAUGCGUUGUUUGUGCCAGCGGAGGGGGCCGAACCGCGGGUCAAGGAGGAGCCCGAGGAUGACGAGGAUCGCGUGAUGACGGAUGUUGCGGCGCAUGAGGAGGGCGAGGGCGAGGCGGGCGGGGACGAUGGCUUCCUCCCCAAGCAGAAGGUCAAGGUGCGCCGGAAGCUGUCGCGCGAGCCGGCGUCGUCGCCGGUGGAGCCGGAGCCGCAGCCGGAGGAGACGCCUGCUGUGCUGGAUCCGAAGAGUCUGCUGCGCACCAAGGAGGAUGUGGAGGAGUACGAGCGCCAUGAUAAGGACCUAGAGCUGAUGCGGGAGCUGCUGUCACGGGAGAAGGAGGAAGCUGGGAAAGCGAAGGAGGUGUCUGCGGCGGGCGAGCAGCCGGAGGCUGCGGCGGCGGAGGGUGCAGAGACGGCCGCUGCGGACGGCGAGAAGAAGGACGGGGAAGACGCAGAAGACGAGGCCGCGAAAGACAAGCUGGCUGGACAUCUCUUCCUGGUGCAAUUCCCGCCAAUCACGCCCAGCCUGGUCGUGCCCGACGGCGAGAAUCCCGCUGUCGAGGGCGCCGCAGACGCGACAGCCCCUGCGCCGGGCGACGCCACCGAUCCGGCGAUCAAACGGGAGGAGGAUGUGGAGCUUCUGGAUGAUGCGGACGACGCAGCCGGCGGACAGAAGACAUCGCAGAUCGUCACUGCGACGGACCGACAGCUUCGCGCGGGGCGCGUGGGCAAGCUGAACGUCCAUGCCUCGGGUCGCGUGACGAUGGACUGGGGCGGGAUCAGCUUUGAGCUGGAUCGCGCGACGGAGGUGGACUUCCUGCAGGAGGCAUUGAUUGUGUCGGCGGCGCCAGACGCAGCGGAGCCUGAGGAAGAGAACAAGGUGUGGGCGAUGGGCCAGCUGAGCGGCAAGUUUACGGUGACGCCGAACUGGGAGGAGAUGCUCUGA